AAUAGCGGCACAUGACCUCGAAUUUUUAUAGUGAAUACUUUUAAUCAAAGAACCGAUGGAUAACAAAAGUGAUGUUGUUAGGAUCAAAGAAGAACCGAGUGAUACUUCGCCAGAUGCAGGCGACCGUUAUAAUUUCCAUUCGGUGGACUCUUGUAAAGUCGAAAAAGUUGAAACAUUCUCGUCUCAUGAAUUAUCGGCCGAUAACACAAACGAGGCUGUGCCUAACGAGAGGUUAGAUACAAAUUUAUCUAUAGUGUUUGAGUGUAAAGAUGUUAAACCUAAGCUGAAAGCUCAAUCGACCAUCGACUGCAAAUCUGAGCAUCAAAAUUUUCAACCUACUGUGAAGGGAGAAGAUAUCGAUUUGACCAAUUGUGUGACUGAAAGAAGACUAAUAAUUUUGAUAAAAAAAGGAUAUAAUUAUGAUAAUAAUUGUCAAUUCAGUGUUAACUCCAGUUUAAAACUUUUCAAUCACGAAGGGAGAGGUUCACAGAGCAAACUCUUAGAAUGCCAGAGUAAACUCAAAAUGCCCAUAAAUUCUGAUCAUGAUCGCGAAAAACCUUGUGAAUGUGACGUUUGUCACAAAUUAUUUGGACGAAAAGGUACUCUCAAACGUCACACAAAGACAGUACAUGAUCGUAAAAAACCCUUUGAAUGUGAGAUUUGUCACAAAUCAUUUGGAUACAAAAGUCACCUUAAAACCCACAUAAGUUCAGUACAUAACCGGAGCAAAACCUUUGAAUGUGAGAUUUGCCACAAAACAUUUGGACUGAAACAUCACCUCGGACAAAAGGGUCAUCUUAAAACUCACAUAAGUGUAGUACAUAAUCGUAGAGCUCCCUUCAAAUGUGACAUUUGUCACAAAUCAUUUUGACACAAAGGUGAUCUCAAUAAACAUAUAAAAGCAGUACAUUAUCGCAACCAACCCUUUGAAUGUGACAUUUGCCACAAAAAAUUUGGACUGAAACAUCAUCUCAAUAGACAUGUAAAUGCAGUUCAUCAUCGUAGCAAAUCCUUCGAAUGUGAGAUUUGUCACAAAUCAUUUGGAUACAACAAUGUACUCAAAAACCACAUAUAUUCAAUACAUGGUCGGAACACACCCUUCGAAUGUGAGAUUGGUCACCAAUCAUUUUCAUCCAAGGCUUACGUCACUAUUCACAUUGAUGCAAUUCAUAAUCAAAGCAAAUCCUAUAAGUGUUAAGUUGUCCUGAACUAUUUUCAAACUUAAGCAACCUCGAUAAAAACAUAAAUUCAGUUCAUCAUCGCAGC